CUCUACACUUAGGACUGCAUAAUCAAUCAAGUCACACUCCGGUUGGUGAAUAUGGCGUUGCUUUGAUCUCAUUUGGACAACUGUUACCGGUCAACAAUUCAAACGUAAGGAUUCUUAAGUUGAGGAAUUCAGUGGACAGGUCUAGAGAACGAUUAUGGAAGAACAAGAAACCGAGCGUAAUGAAGAUCACCAAACUAAGAAAAGAAGCAAAGUCCUCGGUUUGUCUUACCUUAUCAAUGAGAAUCCUCCGUGGUAUAUCUGCCUCUUGCUGGGUUUCCAGCACUACUUGACCAUGUUAGGAGGAACACUAGCCAUUCCGUUCAUUCUCAGUGGUCCAAUGUGUUUUGCUAAUAACACACUUGCUAUCAGCGAGGUCCUAAGUACCAUAUUCUUCGCGUCCGGCCUUGUGACCUUGCUUCAAUCCACAUUUGGAGUCAGACUGCCAAUCGUUCAAGGUGGAACAUUCUCCUUUCUCACGCCUACAUUUGCCAUCUUGUCCUUGCCACAGUGGACUUGUCCAAAAGUUAAUGAUGCAGAAAAUGAAAACUCCACUGCAAGCUCUCUCGACAGUGAUGUCAUCUGGAAACCUCGAAUGAGAGAGAUCCAGGGCGCCAUUAUUGUUUCCGCAUUGUUUCAAAUCGUAAUUGGCUUCACCGGUCUCAUCGGUGUGCUACUUCGGUUCAUUGGACCGCUGACCAUAGCACCUACAAUUACUCUAGUGGGCGUGGCACUGUUUCACGUGGCAGCAGAUCAUGCAGGAAACCACUGGGGAAUUUCAAUGACGACAAUCGUGUUCAUCGCUUUGUUCUCACAAUACCUCACCAAAACGAAGAUUCCAUUUCUUGGGUACAGCAAAGACCGAGGAGGUUGUUUCGUUGGCCGUUUCCCUCUGUUUAGACUAUUUCCAGUUAUUCUGGCAAUCGCAUUCUCAUGGAUUCUGUGCGCCAUCAUCACUGCAGCAGGAGGUUUUCCUUCUGAUCCCAAGAUUCCUCAGUACAUGGCGAGGACUGAUGCAAGAAGUGCUGUCUUGAAAGAAGCUAAGUGGUUUAGAGUACCAUACCCUGGACAGUGGGGCACACCUACUGUGAGUGCCGCAGGGGUUUUUGGGAUGCUUGCUGGUGUCUUUGCUUCUAUCAUCGAAUCAGUGGGUGAUUACUACGCCUGUGCAAGAUUAUCAGGAGCACCGCCACCGCCUAAACAUGCCAUUAACCGUGGAAUCGGAAUGGAAGGGAUUGGAUGUCUCUUGACCGGAGCUUUAGGUAGUGGAAAUGGCACAACAUCGUAUAGUGAAAACAUUGGAGCUAUUGGAAUAACCAAGGUUGGAAGUCUGCGUGUGAUUCAGUUCGGUGCCAUUGUAAUGAUGUUCGUGGGUGUUCUUGGUAAAAUUGGAGCCUUGUUUGUCACCAUCCCAGACCCCAUUGUUGGUGGAGUUUUCAUGGUUAUGUUUGGAAUGAUCGCCGCCGUUGGAAUCUCGAAUCUGCAGUUUGCUGACUUGAAUUCCUCCAGGAACCUGUUCAUUGUUGGAUUUUCCAUCAUUUUUGGCUUGGCUCUACCGCAUUACAUGAAUAACCAUCCCAACGCAGUUCAGACAGGUGUUCCAGAAAUUGACCAGAUUCUGACAGUCCUAAUGAAAACAAGGAUGGCCAUUGGAUGUAUUUCUGCUUUGAUUCUGGACAACACCAUCCCUGGAACCAUCGAGGAACGUGGGCUCAAGGCUUGGAGGCAACACCUUUCAGAUGAGAGUGACGAGCAGUGUCAAACAGCCUCCAUGACAGUCUAUGAUCUUCCGUGUGGUCUCAAUCGUAUCAGUGACUACAGAGUGGCCAAGUAUUUACCCUUUCUUCCUCACAACGAUGAGGAACACCGAAAAAGAAGCAGUUAUGAACUUAAUGGUGAUUCUAAAACGAUGAUGGAAAAAGACGCACACGUUUAGCUUGGUAAAGAGGUGAAAUGUGUGCGACAAAAACAAGUUGAUUAUCUAAUGCCAAUGUAGAGGCUUUAUAUAUCAUCCACAGUGUCUUGUGUGUAUAUGUGAGUUCUGUAAACUAUAACUAUGUAAUCUUAUAAACAGUAUCAUUGUUCUUUCGGGGAAAGUGAAAAUUGAAGAAUUUAUUAUUCCCUUCGUAGUACACAUACACUUUAACUGUAUUCACCUGGAUUUAAAAUGAAUAAAGUAGUUUUUCCAUGCAAGCACUUAAAGUUGGAAAUCUUUCCAGGAAAAAUGUGGAUUAAAAGAAUGUAACGGUAAGAUGUUUUAUAUAAGAAAUCACUCCCCUACAUUAGAGUUGAAGAAAUUGCUAACAAUAUUUUCACUUACUUCUACGCAUAACCAAGGGAAUACGCUAAUGUUCUAAAUGCAUAACACAAUUAUGACAACUGUACCUUCCGCAGCAUGGCACUCUCCCUCACCUUUGCGACGUGAGAUUAAGGCUUUAUUGUUGGGGGAUAAAAGUUAUGAAAUAGAUUUCUAAUACUGUAUAUAUGGUGCUUUCUUCAUAGUUUGUAAAGUGUUUGUUCUAUUCAAAUAAAAAAAAAGUAUUCAACUUUUUCUAAA